AAUCAAGUAGAACCACCAGUACAUAUAAAUUCUGCGUUCCAAUUGAAAUCAAUUUUAAAACAGUCAGGUGGUUUAAGUUUAAGCGAAGUAUUGCAGCAAAAAAAUGUUUCAUUGUCGGAUCUUUUAGAAGGGAAACAAAUAGCUCUGGCAGCUUUAUUUCAAAAUUCAAAUUCAAAACGAGAAUUCGAUUCAAAAAAUAAAACAAAAUCUUCCGUUGAAGUAGUUACAACACAAAUAAAUAAUUUCGAAAAUGAAAAUUUAAGCCAUGAUCAAACAGAGUCCCCAAUUCAACGUGAGAAAAAAGAGUAUCGCAUAAGAAAUUUUAUCAGAUCUAAAAAUACACCAAUGAUAUCUGAAAGCUCUGGCUUCUUGCCAACUAGAAAAAAUGACUUUUCCACACGACAAAAGUUGCAAGACGAUACAUCAAAUAACAAUUUGAUUGAAAACAUUAACUUAUAUAAAGAUGAAGAUACUCGAGUUUUUCCAUCCGUUGAAACAAAACAAAUGGCUUUAAAUCCAGUUGUGCCUGUGCAUCGAGAAAAAUUGGAAAGACGUCCAAUCAAAAAUGUAAUUCCGAGAAUCAGACCAGAUUUUACAAACAGUAAGGUAGUUAAACCAGAAGACUCUUUUGUGAAUAAUAAAAGAAGAAAAUUUAAUACAACUAUUUCAAAAGAGCAGGAACGGGAUAAAUUGGCACCUAAUAUUAAUUUUCGUGAUAGAAUACCUGGUAAAAGGUUCGAAUCGUCAGAAAAGAAUGUGACAAGUACUAACACAGUAAAAAAAUCAUUUAGAGAUCAAUUUGUGACAAGUACAACACCAAAAAAUAUAGAUAUUAUCAGAAAUCGAUUGCAUGUCAAACCUCGGAUUCGUUUACCAUCUAGAACUGCUUCGAGGAUCAAAAUCACAACUACUACUGAAUUUCCAACUACAUUUGCAGUUUUUACUGAUGAUUUUUUUGAUGAAACGACAAAACCACUUUUCAAUAGUGUAGAAUUAACAACAACAAAACUGGAAGUGUCCGAUGUUGAAACAGUGGAAAAAAAUAUACAAGAAAAAAAAUCAAAAGAUAAUUUUUCAACACCAAGAGAAGGUAUGCCAGCUUCGCGUAUCCAAAAAAUCCAACAAAAGAGCAAGCACAGCACACCAACAACGGUAAACAUAACCAAUCGGUUUUUCAAUAUAACAACAUCAUAUAAAUUACCAACAACCGCAAAACCUAAAGUCAUUAAAAGCACUCAAAAUUCUUUUCAUCUAGCUACAGAAUCUAGUGAAAUAGACCUUUUAGCGGAGAAAAAUGAGAUAAUUCAAUUAUUGGAAGACAGAAGACACGGCUUAAAAUUGAACAAAGUAUUACAGCAAAGUAAUAUGACAAUUGAUGAUUUAAUGGAACAUCGAAAACGUGGUUCAAGUCACGUUCAUUUACAAGAAUUAUUAAAAACUAAACGAAAGCUUGCGGAAAAGACAAAAGCAGAAGAUAAAAUAGAUAUAGUAACAGCAUUCGAAAACUUUCCUAGAUUUAAUAUAGGAAAUCUCAAAAGUAUUCAACCAGAUGAUAUAAAGACAGACUCACAGGGAUUUAGCUACUUUACUUCAAUUAUAAAUAUUCGUCCAACUGACGAGAUAUAUAAGGAAGCCCGAGCUUUGCAAGAUAUUCAUAAAUAUGCAAAAGAAUCUAAUCGUCAAUAUAAAACAUUAACAUUUAAUGAAGAUGAUAAUGAGGACAAUAGAAAUUCAACCGAAAUUCAAUUGAAAUCUUUAAGUUUUCCUGAAUUAAAUAGUGAAUCAAAAAUAGAAAUUCGACAAAACAUUUUGAGAGAAACAACGAAUCAAAGAUCUGGUGGUGUUAAAUCUGCCAUUAUUGUUAGUUCAUGCAUCGUUAUUACAACAUUAGUACUAUUCUCAUUUUUACUUGCUGUCUACAGGUGGCGUCAAAGUCGCAAGAGAAAAUUAAAUUACACUGAAAGCUAUGAAAUUGCAAAGGGUCGUUUACCAAUAAUUCAUAAAGAGCCGUUAAAAGAUAAAAAAUUUUCUCCUGUAUUAUGUGCAAAGCAUCGAAAUAGUAGUGGACGAAUAAGUCGUUUGACAACAAUGGACCCCAAUUCAUCAGAAAUUCAUAACUACUUAGGUUGGGGCCCAGUAAAAAACGUUUCACAAUGAACAACAAUGAGUAAUAAUACUUUUUAAAAAACAUAUUUAUAUUUACGUAAAAAAUAUAAUAUUUUUUUCAAAAACGUUUAUGACAUAUUAAACAUGUUUUUGAUUUAAUAGAAAUUCAGCAGGCCUUCUUCUUCAUAGAAGAGUAAAAUUUCUUCACAUAUUCUGCAA